GCGUGACUCGCUUGGCUCAAAACUCCUGCGCUCCUCCCAACGACCACCACUUGUGCCACCCUCGCUCGACCAUGCACGAGCAUGGCCCGGACCACUGGCUUGCGCGAUAUGCUACCGCAUACCAUGCCUGGCGCAAAGUCGACGUCGCAGGCAGGCCCGCCUACACCAGGCCGCUCGGCCUCAUCGAGCAGUCCUUUGACGUCGACGGCGCUCAUUUUGGCGGCAGAGCAGAUGUAAAUUCUUCAUUUACCGUCGAAAUUCGAAGCACCCUGCCGCCAGACCAGUUCCGCGCGCGGCUGGUCCUCGCCUGGGCGAGCUUGCGGCUCCAGCAUGUAAUGCUUCUGGCCACCGUCAUCCGAGAUGCUGCGACGGAUUCCAGAGAAUUCAACGUCCAAAUUCCGAAGGACGACACUGAAGUCCUGCAGAAUGCAGAAGAGUCGAUCACUUUCCUGGGCGAUCAUCAAAAGGAUCUCCCGCUCGACGAUUUGUACCGCCACUGCAUGAACAGCUCGAGGAUCAUCGACUCCGAAAAGAGUCUGUCGCGGCUUUUCGUUCUGCCACCAACGCCUCUCUCCCAUGAUAGAUUUCGAGUGAGCUUCUUUAUCAUUGCUGCCCACGAGAUCUGCGAUGGAGUAGUAGUCUUGUCGAACUGGGAACCGCAUUUUCUGAAGCUUUUUAACACUUCUGAAAUGGAUUUACGACGUAGCUUGAGCAUUGAACGACUGCCAGAACGUCUAUGGAAACGUUUACCCCAAGCACAGGAAGAUCUUUACCCUUUGGUUCAGGGCAACGUAGCCAGGCGACGCUGGUAUUGGGCUAUCAUGAGAAUACUCCGCCACGUCCGCAAACCGCUUCCGCAGGCCUUUGCCAAUCCACUUAGACACCCUGAAAGACGAGCGCAGUUCACGCCGUUGCCACCCACCUAUUCUGAUGUUUUGGAUUACUCCCCGGAGCGUAGACCACCAAUGAAUAGCUUUAGCGUAGGGGCUGUGCUCUCACGUAGCACCACAGAUCGUCUGGAGCGUCUGGCAAAAAGCGUGGGUGCAAGCGUGGGUGCUGCAUGCUUCACUGUAGUCGGCAUGGUUAUGAUGGAGAUAGAGGAGGCUCGUAAUCCGUCCAUCCCUCUUGACCAACGUCGUCCAUUUAUAGGAUCUUUCCCUAUAAAUCCUCGUCCAUUUUUCUGCUACACUGGCCCAGCAGAUUCCUGCAUGCUAGCAUUCAGCGAUGGCAUCUGGCUACCUUUCCUCCCCUCAAGUCUGCCUGUGGAAGGCCGGUUCAAAUUGCUCGUACGCCAGGCGCACAGACAGUUGCGAAUGUAUCAAAAGCGGCUGCGGAGUGACAAGCUUCAAGGCAGCUUUGAUCCCACCGACCCAGCGCGCAUAAUCGCAUCGAGUUAUAUCACGGCAAUUGAGCGCGCCGACCAGAAGCGCCCACCGCAUUUGCGGACAGGCGUCAACCCUCAAGGCGCUUACCCGGCCAACGUCAAUUUUGCUUCCGCUACCUGCGGCGUCAGUUCUGUGGGCUUGAUCAGGAAAUUCUUAGCACCCGGGCAUUACAAGCUGGAUGAUGCUGCUAUGGAUGAACGGGGGUUUGCCGCAGACUUCAGGAUGGAAAAUCUCAUGACUGGCGUUCGUGCAAGAGAUAACGAAUUCCUCUGUGGCAGCUGGGGCAUGGAUGACGGUUUGCACUUCAACGUUUCGUAUGAUGGCAAUGCUAUAGAUGAGGAGAAGGCGAUGCUAUGGAAAAGGAAAAUGGAGACAUUGUUCGAAGCUCCAGUGCAGCCGAAGUUGUAGAUGUUGGACGUUUCGCUGUCACCCAGCAGACAAGUUUGGAUUUCUCGAUUAAAAAUGUGAUAUAUACCGAGAAGUAUAUAUAGAUAGAACGUUCAGUAUAUAAAUCCGCGGCUAGCGCAUCUAUUACCAUCAGGAA